AUGACAAAAGCAAGCGACGGUGAUGGUCUCGUAUUCAAAUAUUUCGAACCUUGGGUGCUCGGCGUGCUUGCCGCGUUGCUCGUGAUUCUCGUGGUGGUUGCUUUCAUCGCGGGGUGCAUCGACUUUCGCACUCGACGAAUCAAAUACAAUAAGCUGCCAGAAGCUGCCUACCAUUCUCCUCAUACGCUUCGUGUACAAACAUCCGCUUCGGAGAGUGAAGUCGACAACCAAGCUGAGGCCGAGCGUAGACGAAUGGCAAAGAGAGAUCGUUUUCGUAAAGCCGUCUGUGAGGCCUACGAGGAGAGUGGACGUCCCUUGCCGAAGAGUGUUCAAGAUAAACCCAUGCGCACCGCACAUCAACCGGAAGAACGAACGAUUAGCCCGCCCAAUGAAAACGAAAGAGCAAUUUUGGACGGUCGAGUUGCAGAGGAGCACAAGGAAUCGGAAAGUAGCAAUCGAGAGAGCUCAUCGAUGAUGUCUCGGCUUUUUUCGACUUUGAAGAAGAAAAGAGAUUCGGGCAGUUUGUCAGAGCGUGACACGGCAGCCAAGACACCUAAUCUCAUCGAUUUGAGUGAUGAAAAGAAGGAA